UGGUAUUACAGGUCGUCUUAUAUCACUUGUAAAUAUUCUACAGGUCUCACAGUUCAAGUAACACGCCGGAAUGAAAAAGCACGUGAAAUUCCUUGAAAACAACAGCGAUAAAAGCCGUCUGCACCACAAAAAGUCAUUUUUGCCUUUAAGGCCAUCUGGUCUCAACCAUGUGCAAACUGGAAAAGCAAACUCAGUAUUUGGAUAUAAAAUACAGAGACCUGCAACUGUACAAGUGCCAGAACAAAAUCAGGACAUUAAAACUAUUCAUAUCCCUAAGACCAUGACUGCUGCUCCAUUUUUACAGCAUCCAGGCUUGACACCCGGACAGAAGCGUUUCCUGUACAGUAUCGCAGAGGCCUACAGCAAAGAGCACAUGCGGCAGCUAAUACGUCAACAUUAUAUGAAUGUAUUACACAGGUGUAUCAGGACAGUGCCGGAUGCGCAUCAUGUGAAUGUAAAUGUGAAACUGCAGAUGUCAACAUACACCCCAGAAGCAGAACACAUGACAAACUCCCAAAGUACACCAAUGAGCAAGACAAAAGAAAGUGGAAAGAGAUCUUUGACUUCAGAGAAAGUCAAGAAAACAACUUUACCUAAAAUUGUAAAUCAUCAAAGGUAAGUAAAUGAUGCCACCUGCAAAACUGUUGAAAGGCUUAGCUGUAAACUUAAUAUUUAAAUACUCCACAGAGUGUCUUCUGGAUUAGCAAAAUCGAACAUGGUACAAUCAAGAAAAAGGAGGACUACCAUUGCAAAACAUGCUUCUUCACAGGGUAGGUUUGUUCCAGACUAUAAAUAGUGCAAUGUACAGGAUUCUUUAUGAUCUGGAUAUUAUGAACAUUUCAGGUUCCUGUUUUGCACUUAAUUAAAGCAUACAGUGUAUAUUUAACAUUAUUCAAAAUGGACCUAAAUUUCCAGGAUCACGCCCAUGGGAAGCUGACUUUGAAUGGGAGGCAACUGAAACAGAUUCCUACCUUGCUGGACAAAUGAGUGGCCUGUCUUUCAACGAAUCGGAAGAUGAUGAAGAGGACUUUCUAUUUCUUACCUAACGCAUCAAUCUAUGUUUUUGACAUUUAAGAAAAAUUUCUAACAAAAUCUUAAAACAUAUCCUAGACAAACAAUCCAGUUGUUCCAGACAUUUCAAAAUAGUAAUUUUAAUAAUGUGUCAAAUGUGUUCUGUGUUUUCUUUAACCCUUAAACGCAUACCUUGGAUCUUUAGUGACCCGGGAUUUUUAAUUUUUUAAAGUUAGACAUCAAUCUUCUUAGUAUUCCUCAAUCGAUUCAUUAUAAACAAUAUAACAAGAAAAAAAAUAAUUAAAUUAUAAAAGAAAGCCUGUUUUUCCAUUCAUUUUUUGUAAAAAUUGUAUAGGGUCGCUAACGACCUAAGGUGUGUAACAAUGUAAGUAUAUUUUUUUUUCUGCACAACAAUAAUUGAAUCUUUGAUGACUGAAUAAGUGCAAUUCACCUUUAUUCCACAAGGUGGCAAUGUCUGAAACACAAUGAUGAAAUGAUGUUUCACUCAUAGUUAAAGCAGGCAGAAAAAAGAAUAGGAAGUAUCAUCAUCAAAACUUGAAAUGGCUCAGCGAUUUACUGCAGAGCAAGUACUGAACACAAUCAAAUAUUAGUGUCACUGUCACUUGUUGGUGGAUCUGGUGAAGAAGCUGUCAGCGAUCAGAAUACUGAUUUUGAAGAUGUUGAAAAUGAUAGUUUUGAGAAUAUGUUUGAGAUUGCGAAUAUGAGCCAGAUGCUGAUGAGGACAUUGAUGAUGGUAUAAAACAUCUGCUCAAACUGAACCCUUCCAAGCUCCAAAAGGUAACAAAAUAUGUUUUACUUUAUUCUUCUCUAAUUGUUACUCUAAUAUCAGAAGAGUUUUAUAUUAAUCGCAACAGGUAGAGAUCUAUCCGUGUUAGAUACAGUUCUGGGUCGCAAAAGACCUAAAUAUGUAACAGUGAUUGUUGAAACAUUCAUGCAUUUAAGGGUUUAAAAAAAAUAAUUACA